AACUGUAGAGAAGCUCACCUUCUAUAAAUAGCAUGCAUGCGUCUCGCUCUCCCUAUCCCAACCAACUCAUACUCCAUCUCUCUAACUUAGAAAGACAAAAUGCAAUACAAAACCGAAACUCGCAGCUCCUUAUCCUUCAACAAGGUGAACAACAUGGGAGUGUUUCCAUUGGAUACUCUGGUCAGGGUAGAGUCUAUGGCUUCAGAAAACGCAGUGGUUAUAUUCAGCGUGAGCACUUGCUGCAUGUGCCACGCCGUCAGUGGUCUCUUCCGCGGAAUGGGAGUGAGUCCCGGCGUCCACGAGCUGGACCUCCACCCUUAUGGCGUUGAAAUCAACCGGGCUCUCCUUCGUCUCCUUGGACGUUCAAGCGGCACUUCCACUUCUCGGGGGGGACUUCCGGUGGUAUUCAUCGGUGGGAAGAUGGUGGGGUCAAUGGAGAGAGUGAUGGCUUCUCAUAUCAACGGCUCACUUGUCCCUCUUCUGAAAGAUGCUGGUGCUCUCUGUCUCUAAUCCCAACCUAAGUCCACCGUUUUUUUCUUUCUUUCUCUUUUUAUGUUGUUCUUUUUGACUCUUUUUUUGGGUUUAAAAACAAAAAAGAUUAGGUUAAUCAUCAUAGUGUUGAAUUAGAGAGAGUGAGAGAGAGACGUGCAUUUGUAUUAAGCAUAGCUCCUUGUAUCCAUCUUAAUCACACUUUAAUAUAAAAAUUUAGUAAUAUCUCGUUUUACAAGUUUGACUGUUAAAAUAGCAAAAUUGUAUGGUCAAGUUAAGACAAGAGUAAGGUUCUUUCAUGACCUAUAAUUAUAAGAUCUUAACCGUAAUAACUGUUACUGUGGGGAAAAACAAUAAGUCCCCCACUCCAGAUUACGUGGACA